CCACUCGUGCUGAACGCACAUCUCCAAAUCCUCAAUCUCAUCGCUGAGAUUCUGCUCAACCUCGCCGCACAUCGCAAGUUCGCAUCAGGAUCGAAAUGGACCACUUUGACCGCUCUAGUCCCUUUCCAACCGUGCUUGCGGAACGUCAUGCCAACCCGCAGAUCUUCAUCCCCAUUGACGGAUUUGGUCACCCCACACCACGUCCUUCCCACCAAGGCAGCUUCCCGUCUAAAGGGCCCCGUUAGUCUGUUCGCUACGUUCUCGCGACAAUGCAGGGGGCUACAGCUGUUUGCGCUUUUGUGGGUUAUGAUGUUACUCGUCAAGUCGAGGUCAGCAUCAGCGAUGAAUGCUAACCAUCCAGCGAGCUAUCCGUUUCGCCUGAGCAUCUUUAACGGUGCGGACCCAACGAGGAAAUCCGAAGAACAAUAUGCGAUAGGGUCACGGCCUGAGACGCUUCUUCACAGCUCCGUUCAACGGCAAUCAACGCACCAGAUCUCGGUCAUCGCAGUUGCACCAGUCUCAUUACUCCCUGAGCGUCAAAGACCGGAUACGGACUACGUACCAUGGUGA